CAACGAUACUGAGUCGAUACUGUCGAUACAUCUGGAAUGAAGUCCAGACUUUAUCGACAUCUCGGGCUUUCAAGCUUCAUCGAUCAUCGCUCAUUUCAGAAUUCGCCUAACAUCUGGUAAACUUGUACUCAAAUGAACCAAAGAAUUCUGCGACUAUCAUGCAGAUUGCACGUCAAAACGGCUUCUUAUCAUAUUCGCCAAAUCAAUCAAAACUGUACCUUGCGACAUGAACCUGAGAUCCUUGGAAAGCCUUGGAAGUCAAUCACUCGAAAGCACUCGAAGAAUACUAGUUUGGAAUGUUCUCUCAUAUUUCUUGUCACGGAGGCUGGCACAUGGUGGUUGGGGUUGGACACUUCAUAUUGCCUCUUGAGUUCAUUUGUAUUUUGGUUCACAUUUACCUACUCCUUGUUGCGCUCCGCACUAGUCUACGUUUCAAGAUUAUAAUAAAAAUUAUAAAGUCAAGCAGACAGACCUAUGAGAUACAUACAAACCC